AGUUUGGGUGGCAGGAGGGCAGACGAGCGUCGUCGAGGGAGGGAGGAGGAGGAUUGAGCGACUGCGGUCGGUGGAAAGUUUCGCAUGCGGGGAGGAGGAUGGGACGUCGCCGCUGGUGUCUCGAUGGAGGAGCGAGCCAGACAUGCUGCAGGCUCGCUCGGGCCUCGCGCUCGCUGCCCUCAACGGGUUUGUAUACGCCAUCGGAGGGAAUGACGGCACCGAGAGGUUGAGCAGCGGCGAGCGACUGGACGGAAGAGGAGGAGGAGGAGGAGGAGGAGGAGGAGGAGGAGGAGGAGGAGGAGGUCGGUGGAUGGCGAUCAAAAGCAUGCAUGAGGCGAGGAGCAACUUUGCGCUGGUGGCGGUUAAGGAGAAACUCUUCGCCAUCGGAGGGUUUGACGGCAAGAAGCGGCUGAGCAGCGUCGAGGUCUACGACGUGAAGCUCAACGCCUGGCGACAGUGCGCGAGCAUGACGUGGCCCAGGGAGGGGCUGGCGGCUGUCGGGGUUGUGAGAGGAGGAGAGGAGGGCGGGGGGGCGGAGAUCCUGGCGAUCGGAGGGUUUGACGGGAGCCGGGUGUUGAGGAGCGUGGAGAGAUAUGUGGUGGAGGAGGACCGAUGGGAGAAGGCGGUGGAUCUCAAGAUGCCGCGGGCGUUCCUGGGAGCCUUCGGGAGGGGAGGACGAGUCUUCGCGUGUGGAGGUCAAGACGACCAAGGAAACUUUCACGACACAGUUGAAAUGCUGACCCGCGAUGAAAACUCCUCCUCCUCCUCCUCCUGGUCUCUCGUCCCUUCUCUGCUCCUCCCCGAGCCCUGCUGCAGCUUCGCAACCGGCUGCAUCUGAACAGCCGCGAGGAGCAGAAGGAAGUUAACAAGCAAACGAGAGCGGAGGGAGGGAGAAGAAGAGGAAGAGAGAUUGCUUGAGAUGAGAUGAGUUCUAUGUGAAGUAACAACUUUACUGAUCGAUUUCCUUCUAUGAGGCAUGUCAGAAAACGAACGAGAAAGUACC